AGUAACCUCACUUUUAUAUUCCUUAUUUACAAAUUAAUCUAAAAUUGUGAUCCUAUCUACACUUAAAUCUAAAAAUGGAUGAUAUUUUAUACAAGAAAUUAUCAUCUUUAACUGAAAUAUCGAAAAAUCAACUUUUAAAUGUGUUAAAUUUUCAUUCUGGACCGAAAGAUUUAAUUAUACAGUCGGAUAUAAUUAAGCCUUUAGAACGGAUUUGUGGUGCGAUUUGGUUAAAAGGGAAUGGAAUUGAUAAAAUCUUUAAGUUGGAAAAUAACAUUCCAAGAAAUUCGACGAACGCUCAAUAUUAUAUGAUUUAUUCUAAUUGGAAUGUUUUUAAUCAAGUUGUUGGUUUAAUUAAGAAUCAAAUUGGUUUGGAGAAUCAUCCUAAAGGAAAAUUCCACAUAAUAUGUAUUCCACAAGCUUUAUACAGUUUCGAACAAAAAUUAGAAGAGGAAGGUUUGUAUGAAACCGUAAUAAGAUUGUAUUCGUUACAAUGGCAACCUAUUCAUAUCGAUAAAGGCAUUUUAAGUUUAGAAAUACCAGAUAUGUUUAAAAAUUUAUUUGUACAACAAGAUUUAUCGUUAUUACAAUGUUAUGGAAAAACUUUAAGACAUUUAUAUUUCGUUGUUGGCAAACCAAAGUUAUCAAUAGCUUUAGGGUCGAACGCAUUAAACAUUUUAAAACAACUUGAUUUAUUAAACGAAGAUUUAGGUGAAACUGAUAAAAUAGAAAGUGAAUUUGGUUGUGUUAUUCUUUUAGAUAGAAAUGUAGAUUAUACAAGCACUUUAUUAACACCUAGAACUUACACUGCUUUAUUAAAAGAGAUUUACAAUGUAAAAUGUGGAGUUUGUGAACACAAACAAGCCGAAAUCGAAAAGUAUGAUAAUAAACUUAAUGUUAGAGUAGAAAAAAAUCCGGUUUUAAUUAACUUUGAUAGUAAACGAGACACUGUUUAUAAUAACAUAAAAAAUCGUUUUUUUACUGAAGUUACAGCCAAUUUAAGUUUGUUAAUAAAACAAUUAAAGUCUGAAAGCGAUACAUCCAAAGAAAUGGCUUUAGAUGAAUUGAAACGUUACGUUCAAACUCAAUUAAAACAGGUUACAUCAAAAAAGUCUUUAAUUGCCAAUCAUAUGAAUGCUGCUGAAACGAUUAUUAACGUUUUAGGAAAUCGGUUUGAAAAACUACAAGAAUUCGAAUUGUGUAUCAUGCAAAAUAAAAGUAAAUCAAGGAAUUAUGCUUAUUUAACGGAAAGUUUGUUAGAAAAUGAUAAAUUGUUUUCGUUUCGUUUAUUUUUGUUGUUAUGUUUGACGCAGAAAUUAUCCGAUUCGGAUGUAACCAAGUUUCUAACGAAAUUUUUUCAUGAGUUUGGGUUUAAAUACGGGUUUUUAUACAAUAACCUAUUAAAAAUGAACUUUAUUGAUCAAGAACAAUCGAGUUUACAAAAUAAAUUAAUGAAAUUACCUAAUUUAUUUAACAAUAGUUUUUACCAAUCCGCUAUUAAUAUGAAAUUGAUUCCUCAACAACCAGAAAAAGUUGAUGUUAAACAUCCGACUUGUGUCAGUUAUGUUUUUGGGGGUGUUUAUAUUCCUUUAGCAGUUCAAUUAAUUGGAUCUAUUUUAAGUACAACCCCUCUUAAAGAAAUUGAGAAUAAACUUCAACAAUUUGGACCUUUUUCUAUAACAAACGACAUUGGAUAUCCUUUAACUACCAAAACGGUUUUGUUAUAUGUUAUUGGAGGUGUUAGUUAUGCAGAAAUUGCUGCCUGUAAUUUAUUGGAGAGUUUAACUGGUUCUAGAAUAGUUGUAAUGAGUGACCAAGUUAUUUCUGGUAAUGAUAUAGCUGAUAGUAUUCUUCAUUCAAUUAUACCAUAACAAAAUUGUUUAUGUUUAAAUAUUUUUAUUAUUACUAAAAUAAAGAUUUAAUCAUUGAA